AUGGACAACGACGAAAAAAAUAAAUCAACAGAUGGGGACAAUACUACGACGGUCGAUUUGAAACCGAGUGAUGUUAAAAGUCAACGUUCUAAUGCUAAUAAUGAUGAUGCAGGACCAUCAGGAGCCAACAAUCUGCCUGGAGCAGUUCAACAAGCAAAGUCCUGCUUGCAAGCUAAGCCGGGCCUCUCAAAAUCCGAACACAGCAUGCGACAUAUCAUCACAAGCAAAGACGUAACAAAUGCACUAAAAUCUCUAAGCUUCGGCACACCAGCCCAAACUAUAAAAAACUUAAACCUAAAAGAACUAAAAAUACCAAUCCUAGAUAGAGAUGAAAAUGCUGACAAUUCUACUACAUUCAUAGACUUAAAGAAGUUCAUGGCUUCAUGUUUUAAAGUCAACAGGGAACCAGCUGCUAUGGUUUUGGGUGAAAUACCAACUGUACCAAUAACCACAGUGCCAAUCACUAAUAUUCCAAUAACCACGGUACCAAUAACGACUGUACCAAUAACAAAUAUGCCAGUAGUUCAUCCAGUUAUUUCUACUGUACCUGAACCAACUGAAAUGGCUAAUCCAAGUUAUAGUAAUGUGACUAAUGUACAAACAGAAUGUCGAUCUAUAAAUACGAAUGAAGUUAUAGUUACGAAUACUAUUGAACCUAAAAUAUCUAAGCCUGAUAAAAAGAAGACUUCGGGUACUCUGUCGGAGAAAUCUGAUUUGGGUAUUACAGCUAGAGAUUCUUUAUCCAGUAUUGGAUCAAAUGUUUGCAGAAUAUGUAUGACGCGUGGAAGGGAAAGGUUAAUUUCCCCGUGCAACUGUAAAGGUUCCCUAGCGAAUGUCCACCUCAGCUGCCUCGAGAGAUGGCUCAAUCAAGUUGGAAGAAAUCAUUGCGAACUAUGUGGGUUUAGUUACCCUGCUAUUCGGACGCCGAGGUACACAGUUUUACAGGCGCUCCGGCUGUGGUUUGGUAACCCUAGAAAUAGAAGUCAUUUGCAGUCGGAUUGUCUGAUAUUCUGGCUGCUAUCGACCGUGACCGCUGGCCUGCUCGCAGUAUGCAUCGUCGGAACUCAAUACUUCGUGAUUGAGGGAACCAAUUUUGGUAAGCUCGACGCAACAGUGCGAAAAGAGGAAGGGAUAUCGCACCGCAUCACGGAAACUGCAAUGGAUUUUUUUAUGGCGAUCGUUUUGUGCGGUUACUCAGUGACCGUCUACCUUCUUUGGAAGGAUCAUUAUGUGAUGUGGAAUCGAUGGCGCAGGGCCAAUGUGAACGUCAGGCUACUCCUCACUCCUGACUCCCAUCCCGUACCAUUUGUACCACGACCAAGGUAUAACGUGGUUUAA